GGCACAAUGUCAGAGCCCACCCUGGCCGAGGCCGGUCCCUUGGGGGCCCGGGAGGACGCCUGUCGGGAUUAUCAGUCAUCCCUCGAAGACCUGACCGUCAAUAGCAAACCGCACAUCAAUAUGCUGACCAUUCUAGCCCAGGAGAACCUGCACUUCGCCAAGGAUAUCGUCUCUCUCAUCGAGGCCCAAACCGCCAAGGCUCCUUCCUCAGAGAAGCUUCCCGUUAUGUACCUUAUGGAUUCUAUCGUGAAAAACGUUGGCCGAGAGUAUCUCACCGCCUUUACUACAAAUCUAGUUGCAACAUUUAUUCGUGUGUUUGAAAAGGUGGAUAAAAAUACCAGAAAAAGUCUAUUUAAAUUACGUUCCACAUGGAAUGAGAUAUUCCCAUUGAAGAUUCUUCAUGCCCUGGAUGUCAGAGUCAAUUCAUUAGAUCCUGCUUGGCCUGUUCAACCUCUACCCCCCAAUCAGAAUACAUCUAGCAUCCAUGUGACUUCUACAUUUCUAAAUAAAUCGCCUGAAGAGCCUUCAGCUGGAAAGAUGUGCCACUCUGGAUGUAAGCAGUCACAUAUGGAAGACUUUGUGCCACCUUCCAGGGAAGAAAGAAAUGCUAAGAGAAGUGCUGAACAAGAUGUUCGAGAUCCAAAGCGAAUAAAAAAGACUGAAGACGAACGACCACAAGAAAAUAAAAGCUUACAACAAGGACUGCAAUUCCCAAGACACGAACAAAUAUUUGAUUCACCUCAAGGACCCAAUUUUAAUGGACUGCGUGGCCCUGGAAACCAGAGUUUCUCAAAUCCCCUUAGCAGAGCUUCUGGACACUCUUUUGAUGAAAAGAAUCUUCAAAGUCCUCAAUGUGGAAACUUUGGCAAUUUACCUGCUCAGAUAACAGCGGGAAACAUGCAGGUGUCUCAACAGGUUCUCACUGGUGUUGCUCAGCCAGUACCGUUUGGCCAGGGACAACAAUUUUUACCAGUUCAUCCAAAAAAUCCUGGAGCAUUUGUUCAGAAUCCUUCCGGAGCCCUUCCUAAGGCAUAUCCUGAUCAUCACCUCAGUCAGGCAGAUGCCAAUGAAUUAUUUUCAAAACUGCUAAGAACAGGAAUUCUCAAAUUGUCCCAGCCUGAUUCAGCUACAGCACAAGUAAAUGAAGUUGCUGCUCAGCCUCCCACUGAAGAGAAGGAAGGUCAAAAUGAAGAUCGAGAUGUUCCCGAUCUUACCAAUUUUACAAUGGAAGAGUUAAAACAACGUUAUGAUAGUGUUAUAAAUCAACUGCACACUGGUAUUCAGUGUUACUCUUGUGGAAUGAGGUUUACAACGUCACAGGCAGAUGUAUAUGCAGAUCACUUGGACUGGCAUUAUCGGCAAAAUAGAACUAAAAAAGACGUUAGCAGAAAAGUUACUCAUAGACGUUGGUACUACAGUUCAACAGACUGGAUAGAAUUUGAGGAAAUAGCUGAUUUGGAAGAACGGGCAAAGAGCCAGUUUCUUGAAAAGGCGCAUGAAGAAGUUGUGCUCAAAACUCAGCAAGCUGCUAAGGAAAAGCAGUCCCAAAGUGUACCGGCAGGGCCAGCUGGAGCAGUGGAGAGUUGUGAAAUCUGUCAAGACCAAUUUGAACAAUACUGGGAUGACGAAGAGGAGGAGUGGCAUUUAAAGAAUGCCAUCAGAGUGGAUGGAAAGAUUUGUCAUCCAUCAUGUUAUGAAGAUGAUCAAAAUACAUCUUCAUUUGACUGUACACCAUCUCCCAGCAAGAAACCAGUUGAAAACCCUCUGAAUAUUAUGUUGAACAUGGUCAGAAAUGAAUUUCAGGAACCCUGUGAGAGUACCAAUGUUAAGGAAGAACAAAUUGAUACCCCACCAGCUUGUACAGAGGACAGCAUAGCAACAUCUCAGAGCUGCUCCCGAGACAUGGGCUUUACUCGCAAAGAUGGGAACUGCCCAGUCACGUUACCUGAGCAAGCCCCUCCCCUUCUUAGGUUCCGGAGGGCAAAGAGCACGGUGGUGUUGGUGGUCGCUGGAGUGGGCCUGCUGGAUCCCCAGAGCCUCCAGUCCAACCCAGAGGAGGUCUUGGUACCUGGUGCCUACCAGUCCAGCCUGGAUGUCCCUGGGGCUGAAGACUGGUCCCAGGCAGCCCCUGCCCUCACCCUGCUGGACCAGCGCGACCUCAGGACUGAAUAA